UUCCGCUUCCGUGGUUCGUCAAUAUCGUCGCCAUCAUAGCGACGGGGACACGGGACCGUGACCGUCGUCAGGCUUAUCCUCCAGGAAUCGUCGUCGUCGGCGACGGAAGCGGGAGACCGACUGCUCCCCCGAGAGAAGCGAGCGUUCCGCUCCGCCGCUAUUCGCGUACCUCCGUGCACACCGCAUCGGCCUGUCGAUCAGUCGACGCACAUCGGAGCACGUAUUUUUUUACUACUUUGGUACUAAACGAAACAUGGCUUAUUGAAGAAGAUGAAGGGCCUGCAAAAAGAUAUCGUUUCUCCAAACGGAGGAGACCGCAGCAUCGACGAGGCGAGUUACCACCAGACCGAAUUGCACGGUCGUCGCGCAGAUGGACAUAAAGAACAAAUUUCCGCCGUCCCCGCCCAAGGGGGCCGGUGCUGAUGCCAAGAAGAAUCAAGAUGUCGUUAAUACCAAGGUAUAUCCGCAGAGGAGGCGCAGGAGAGAAGUUACUGGCGCCGGUAACUUCUCUAAGAAUGAACAACCAAGGAAGUGGAACGUACAAAAAGCAAAAGAUACUGUUAAGAGACCGAGAGCUAAAGGACAAUAUCAUGGCGGUACAGAGGAGAAUACCAAGGUAGUGGCGGCAAAAUGGGCUGAGCCUGGCUCAGUGUUGGUUCAUGGAUGUAAAAAGGAGAAUUACCUGCUGAACGGCAAUCAUCUGCUGAAUUUUCACUAUGAGCCGAGGAACGCUCAGAACAGGAACGUGGGCAAGUCGACGGGGAACAAUCGCAACAGUAACAGAUGGCUUCCACCGAUACAGCGGCAUAAAUACAACAAGGAGCAGUUUCUACAAGCCAGCUGCCAAUUCGUUGUGAUCGCGGGCGGAGAUUAUUCUCUGUACUGGACCAAUCCGGACGUCCUCGUUGAUUGGAAGUUGGUCGAGCAAAUUAAAGUUCACAGCUCGGAAAACCUGUCCUGCCCUAUCUGCCUGUGUCCACCGGUCGCGGGCAAAAUGACACGUUGCGGCCACGUUUACUGUUGGCCCUGUAUUCUCCAUUACAUAGAUGUCUCCGACAAGAAAGACGCUUCGUGCAAAUGUCCGAUUUGUUACGCCACCGUUCACAAGGAUGAUUUGAAAAGCAUGGUCGAGAUCACGCAGACUACGUUCAACUUAGGCGACACGCUUAAUCUACGCUUGAUGCGCCGCGAGAGAGGCUCGGUGCUCGCGACGCCCGUGGAAUCAGCGGCGCAUCCGACACCACCGGCGGCUACGUUUUUACCCGUCUCGGCAAAUUCCGAUAAUCAAAUCUAUUCGAAGCUCCUUAUCGCGAGCGUGCAGGACAUCGUAAACAUCAUAGAAUUAGAGCGCGUUCAAUUGGAACUCGAGUACGAGGAUUACCCGGAUUGUUACAUCGAGCGAGCUCUCAAUGAGCUGUCGCGAAGAGAAAACCAACUACUGUCGAAGGCAUCGGGAGACGCUUUAUCCACGGAAGAUAUUACCGAGAAAACGAUCGCUGAGCAAACGUCGCGCGAGAACGAAGUAAAUACUGAUGCAUGUUGCAAGAACGAUACCAAAUUUUUGGAGACUGUUCAAGCGGAGCAGUCCUCAAAAAUUGUGGACAGUGCUUCCAACGAUGGCCAGUGUGCUUCAGGUCCUUCCAGAUUUGUUUAUUUUUAUCAAGCCGACGACGGCCAACACUUGUAUCUCCACGCGAUGAACGUGAAAAUGUUGGAAAUGCAGUACGGCGGUCUCGAACAUUGUCCGCCCGUGAUAACGGGCAAGCUUCUCGAGAAGGAAGCUGGCAGCUAUACGGAAGAUUUAAAACGAAGGCUGCGAUACCUCUGCCACCUGCCGCUCACUUGCCAGUUCGAAUUAGCGGAGAUCGAGCUGAGACCGCCGCUCGUGUCGGACCAGGUUCUUCGCGCUUUUCGCGAUCAACUGAAUCUGAGGAAGGAACGCAGACAACGCAGGGAGCGAGAGGAGAAGAAGCGCGAUAAGAAGAUAACGGAAGAGCAGAACAAACGAAUGGGCAAGUACCCGACGCCCGACAUUAACAUCGAAUCGAAUCGACACUUUCCACAAUGGAAUCCGGAGCUAUUGUUUUCCGAGCAACGCGCGCUGUCAUCCCCGGAACCGACGACCAUGUCGAGCAUCGCCAGCAGUCCGUCUUCGAGUACAUUCGACGAAGUUGCUACGGGACAAGGGAACGCGUUUUUGGAGCAUGAACAGCAGCAAGCACCGUCGUUUGCAGAGAUGUUACGCAAUACCAAGACCCCGGUGAGAUCAUCCAACGUUUGGCCAUCCGUUGCUUCAUCGGGACAAUCAACAACAACGCGCUCCGGUACAGCGGGCGCGUUAUCCAAAGAGGACGAAGACGCGGAAGAAGCGUACUACGCUUCUCCACCGUCGAACAAUCAGUGUCUCGGCGAUGCACUUGCUCGUGCAUUGGAACAAACCAGAUUGGAAGAUUCAGGAGAAGGAAGUAACGCAGCUGGCAAGAAAAAUAAAAAGCAGAAGAAGAAGAAGACCAAGGGGACUGUAUUGUUUGCAACCGGUAUGACGUGUGCAUCUUAAUUAUGAUUACUUGAUUAUAUGAUUAAAACAUGCUUUUACACUAUUAUUAUUUGCGCGAUAUGCGUGAUGUCAAAGGCCCCUCAUUGAUCGGCAGACAUAUCGAGUUACGUUUUUAUGAGCUACGUGUGAAUCCUUAGAAUGCAAAACGAGGUAAAUUUCGUAAUAUUUCAUCACUCGGAAAUGUUAUUUUGCGUUAAUAUAUGAAUCACAAUGUGUCAUUCAACACGUGUCAUUUUAUAUAUUCAUUUCGACAAAGACGGAUCUUAUAAUAAUCAGUGGGAAUUUAUGAACAAAUUGGUUCACAAGAAAAAGAGAAUAUUGGAAACUUUAUCGGUCUUUGUCGUCGAACACGAAUGGCAUUGCGCGAACAAAAAACCGAUUUGCAUUGAAGUAUCGGAAGAUUUAUCUCGAUUUUUUUACUUCUAUCAUUGUCUUAUAUAUGUCUGUAAUAAUUGAUGAGGAACCUACCUUGGUAGAACUACUUCCAUUGGGUCACUUGUAGAAAGAUUUUAUUUAUAAUUUGCGAUCUUUAACGUAACAAAUAUACGUAUGUAAAAAUAGCACCAUACAGAAAUUUAUUAUACUUUAUUUGCCACGAAAUACUGGCCUAUAUGUAUGAAUAAAGUUUCAUUUCAUUUA